UCUAAUCUCUACCUAAACUUUAUGGGAUCCACUUAAUGCCUCUAGAAGGUCUACGCUUUCACUAUUUCCCUUAAAUUUACACAAUUGCCAUUUUUCAUGAUAAUACCAACAGUUUUCUCCUUAUAUAUACAGAGAAAAAGCUUCAUACUCUCUUGGGGUUAUACGAGAAAGAGAAGAACACUAAUGGAGAAAGAAGACGACAACACGGCGUCGUUUAGUCCUAGCUUUAGCAGUUACGCUAACGACGGACUCGUUGAAACCGCCGAGCGAGUUCGACUUGAAUGUUCCGGUGAGUACAACAACAACGACGGCGACGAUGGCUUCGAAUUCGUUAAUAUACGAUCGGAUUACGAGGCGGAGGCGUCUUUCCCCGGCGACUGCGAUCUCGUGUUCCCGGUUUUCAACCAGGCUGUAAUCUCCAAAACCUCCGACGAGUCUUCGCGUCCGGCGGUUAAGACUCGACUGAGGGAUCUGUUCCUCCGCGACGAUCGCGAAGAUUCUUCGUCGUCGUCUUCGUCCGAUGAAGAGAAAGAGCUGGACGGAGUUUCGAGCGAGAUUUACUGUGCGUGGACGCCGGAGAAAUCAUCGAAGGGCGUUUGGAGAAAGAGCAAAUCGACGGGAUCAUCAUCAUCAUCGUCGUCGUCGAGGCGGUGGAGGAUUAGGGACUUGUUGAAGAGAAGUUACAGCGAAGGGAAGCAGUCGCUUAGUUUCCUGAAUUCGAAAUCGAGAAACAGAGACGAGGAAGCGUCGACGAAGAAGGAGAAGGUUUCUUCUUCGGCACAUGAGAAGUUUUAUCUGAAGAAGAAAGCGAAGAAGGAAGAAGAGAAGAGAAAAUCGUAUCUACCGUAUAAGCAAUUUGGGCUCUUCUUCUUCAACGUUCAUCAUCGCUGACGAAACACUCUUCCUUCCUGAUUUUAUUUUCUUUUUUACCGUAAUUACAGCAAUAUCGUCAAUCUCGAGAAGGCUUUUCAUUUAUGUUUUGGGCCACAACGGUCCGGCCCAUUGGUUAAUAACGAAAAUGAAGUGGGCAUUUCAAUAAGAACAAAGAUUAAAUUGUCA